AACGCUCUGGUAUCAGACAGGAGGACGCUGACCACCAACUUUGGACGUUCCUGCUCCUCAAGCUCGUCCAGUUGGUCCUCGAGAGCCAAAUCAGGAAGCACCGUAGUCCUCUCCGCCGAGGGGCCUGCGGUAAAAUCGACGGGAAGGAAACAAGAAGGCAAGAGCAGCGGCGACAAGGUUGCACACGAAAACAGUUCUAACCAGUUGUAGUAGACGUGACAGCACCACUACGACAGGUAGACACACGUCCGAAUAGAGCCAGACCAGUUCUCCAGCUAGUGGAGAAGAAGGCAAGGGUGAACCAGGCAGUGUCAAACCUAGGGGAGAGCUCGGGGAGCCGUUAGACGACCAGCGAGAUCAGCAAGUAAACCUCGCACGACCACCCAAGCAACACAAUCCAAUGUAUUACGGUCCCCCCGGUUCCGCCGAGGAAGCCGCCGAGGAAACAUGUCGCUACCACGGGAAUGGAGUUUCCAGGACAGUUGUCGGGCAUCGGCGAGCGUGCUGGCCGACGUGGACGUCGCGGGCGUCGCGACGACAGCCUCCCAGGAGAUGGUUGUCGCCGGCAGCGCGAUUAUCGACGAGAACAUGAACGAUCAGCCGGCGACGCAGCUGGGCUCGCUGUUCUCCAUCCACUCGGCUCCGGUGUUUGACCUGAGCGGCGGCGUGGCCAGCGGGGUGCCGUCGCCGAAGCGACCAGCGUCGCUGGCGGUGCAGACGACGGCGACGUCGACGCCGAUCGUGCCGCCGCACCUGCAGAGCCCCGAGGGCACCGUGCUCGAGGAGGAGGACAACGACAACUUGCUGACGAUCUCCAGCCUCACCGCCCGGCCGCUCAUCGCUAAAUCGAGGGAGCUCAGGUCCGUCAGAUGCACGGUCCCAAAAAGAAGAAAGUCUCGGCAGAAAAAUGAGAGCAGAAAACCACGAAACACCACGUACGUCCCUUUGGAUGGCGGUUACGGCUGGGUGGUAGUGUUCGGCGCUUUCUUCGUGCAGUUCUGGGUGGCCGGGUUGGUCAAGUCCUACGGCGUGCUCUACGUCGAAGUCAUGGAGACCUUCAAGGAUUCGUCCGCCUCGGUGGCAUCCUGGAUACCGGCGAUUCUGACGUGCCUAUGUCUGGCGCUCGCUCCGGUAACGAGUAUGCUCUGCCAGAAGUACAGUUGUCGAACGGUGGUUUUCGUAGGAGGACUUUUCUGCGCUCUAGGACUUACAACUAGUUAUUUCGCCACGCGAUUGAUACACCUCUUUUUUACAUUUGGAGUGCUAACAGGUAUUGGUGGCGGCUUGUCUACAACACCAGGUAUAAUUCUGGUAUCACAAUACUUUGACAAGCAUCGUGCACUCGCGAACGGAAUCUGUGUAUCCGGUACCGCCGCGGGUAGUUUUGUGUUCCCGCUUUUGAUCGAGCUUCUGGUGAAGAACUUUGGUUUUCACGGCACAAUAUUGUUACUGGGCGGUUGCAUGUUGCACGUAUGUGUUAGUGCGACACUCUACCGACCACUCGACGAAAAUUAUGUACCCGAGGAAAAUGUCUCGGAAAAGAUCGAGCCAAAGGAAACCAAAGAACAGGAUCAGGACAAAAAGCAACAGAAGCUAGAUUUGCUAUUCGCCAACGAUCCAACUGCCCGGCACAACAUGUUGAACGAGCUGUUCCAUCAGGGUGGUGGUGUGGUUGCAGUGGAGCUGACCGAUAGCGACGAGGAAAAAGACGUAAUGGGAGAGGGCCUUCGUAUGAAGCCCAUCUCCAAAAUCCGCAGCUCUAGCAUUUUGCACAGCGUGGAAGAUUUGUCGACGGACUCAACGUGUGUAUAUAAAGCCGCCAGAACAUCGUUGAGAUCAUUGAGAUCCUCCGUGACGGCGAUGGGUCCACCAGAACAGCAGCCACCACCGUCACCACCGAUAUCAUCCCUGACACGUACGACAUCGACGGCAUCAGAAGCUAAAAUCACAUUCAUGCAGAAGCUAACACACUACCUCGACUUGUCACUACUGAAGAAUCCGCAGUUCAUCAUGAUGUGCUUCUCUGUCAGUCUGAUGUCCACUGGUAGUCCGUACAUGCUGUACUACUUGCCAGCGUAUGUUCACGCUGCCGGUUACAGUAAGUCAGAGGCCGGUUACCUGGUGGCUAUCUCUGCCGCCCUCGAUUUGUGUGGCAGACUCGGUCUUGGCUGGCUGUCGGAUCUCAAGCUGUUCGAUCGACGGAAAGGAUAUAUCGGAAGCGUAGUUGGUGCUGGUGUGGCGGUCCUGGCUAUCCCAAUGGCUCAUUCCUUUUAUGUGCUGGCGUGUUCCGUUGGCAUGUAUGGACUGUGCCUAGGCUGUUGGUUCCUCUUGGUUCCCGUCCUACUCGCCGAUCAAUACGGCACCGACAAAAUAUCGUCCACCUAUGGUCUUGUGAGGAUGUUCCAGAGCUUCGGGGCGAUUUCUAUCCCACCUCUCGCAGGCUACCUGCGUGACGUAACUGGGAGUUACACCGUGUGUUUCCUGUGUAUGGGCACGUGUAUGGUCAUAGGAGGUUUACCCUUGCUCUUGGUUUUCAAUGAAAACCAAGGAAACCCAACAAAGCUGCCCGUAAACGCCGAGAAUAAUAAUUGCGAAGAGGAUACUACCGUAAAAGAAUAAAUUAUUUUGAGAAUGCGAUCGUUGAUAAUGAAGUGAUUUAAUGUGUAAUAGGAUAAUAAAUCAAUCAUAACAGUUGUCACAAAAAUCA